AUGUCUCUCGCCGCCGGUCUCCAGGGCUUCACUCAAGCCGGCCUUGCGGGCUUCAAUUCCGUACUACAUCAGAUGGUGGACAACGGCAAGCUGGCAAAUGUGGUCUCUCUCGUCUCUCACCAUGGCCAAAUCGUGAACCGUGACGCCUAUGGCGUGCUAGACAUCUCCGCCGUGCCAACGGUCCCCGCACAAACGGACAGCAUCUUCCGCAUUGCCUCCAUGACCAAACCGAUCACCGGAGCGGCCAUGAUGAUCCUUUGGGAAGAAGGAAAAUGGAAGCUCGACGACCCCGUCGCGAAGCACAUCCCUGAAUUCAAGGACCUCCAGGUCAUGACCACCGGUACUCCCAGCACCGUCGCCCAAGGAACGCCCAUGACCAUGGACCAAUUAAUGAGCCAUACCGCCGGCUUCGGCCGCUCCGGCGAGUACACCAACGCCAACAUCACCCUCCGCGACGGCGACCUCCAAGCCAUGAUCGACGUCCUCGCCCAACACCCCCUCUACUACCAACCCGGCAAAGAAUGGCGCUACGGCCCCAGCGUCGACAUCCAAGGCUAUCUCGUCGAAAAGCUCUCCCACCAAUCACUCGACGUCUUCUUCCGCGAACGCCUCUUCACCCCUCUCCGAAUGCCCGACACCGGCUUCUGGGUGCCCCCCGCCGACGCCGCCCGCGUGUCCCGCAUCCACACCUACGACGCCAACCGCACGCUCAUCCCCGCCGGCGCCCGCAACACGGUCGUCACGAGCAAGCCGACGUUCCUCGCGGGUGGCGGUGGCCUCAUGAGCACGGUCACGGACUACUGGCGGUUCGCGCAGAUGAUCUUGAACGGGGGGGAGCUGGAUGGGGUGCGGAUCCUGCAGCCUGAGACAGUGAAGCUGAUGCAUACGGACGUGCUAGAGCCGGGGGUCGAGGUGACGCUGUAUUCGCCGGACACCAAAGGCCUAGGGUUCGGGCUGGACUUUGCGAUUCUGGAGGAUCCAGGGUUGGCGAAGACGAAUCAGGGGGUGGGGAGCUUUUAUUGGGGGGGCGCGUUCGGGACGUGGUUCUGGAUCGAUCCGGUUAAUGAGUUAAUUGUGAUUGGGUUUAUUCAGAAUCUGGAUGGGACAACGCCGGAUGGGGCGCCGGAUGUGAGGGAGGCGUCGGCGAAGGCGAUCUAUGCGGCGUUGGAGGGCAACAAGACGACAUCCCGGCUUUGA